GGCUUUUGAAUUUCUCAGGAGGAGUGCUCUUGGGGCGGAGGGACUGGUAUUAUUUCCCCCCCCCCACGAAGGGAAAAGCACAGGAAGAGGCCUUCCUUGUUCCUUAGGUAUCUCAUGUAACCCUCUUUGUUAUUUAGCAAUCCCUACGUUCUGGGGGAAGACUUUUUUGUGGAAAACGAUCUGUUCAUUGGCCGCAACACAGGGGCAAAAAUAUCUCCUGGACACUUCUAUGAAAGGUCCAUUUGAAGAGGGGCAGUUCAGCACCAAGGCCUAGCUGUGUCUGUUUGAAAGGAAAUGGCUAACAGGGAAGGUUCUGGAACGGCAGCCUGCCUCCAAAAGCAAGCUGUGCAAAAGCCUCCAGAGAUAAAAAUGGAGAACUGUGAUCCAAAAGGUCCCAAACCAACAGAAGCAGGAGAAAGAUCUGGAAAAUCGCCUCGUGUCAUUCAAGUCGGGACUAUCCGGGAGCUUCUCAACUGGGCCGCACCACUGGAAGUGAAAGAGGAACCAGAUGAAGGAUUAUCGCAACGAUGGGAAGCCCAGUGGCAGGAAUUCCUGAGGGCCAUGCAGUCUCCUCAGUUGGGCUGGGGAAGCCCACAGUUGAUGGAGGAGGCUGUGAUGUGGGGGGAUAACAAGGCCUUCUUCUCUUCCUUCGAGCGUCUGGCCGCCACCUGCCAGGUGCCCCGUCGGGAAUGGCUGGCUCGCUUGCUUCCCGUCUUGAGUCGAGAGGCCAGAGAGGCCUAUAGCAACCUCAGCCUCAAAGACCGAGGGGAAUACUCCAAGGUCAAGGCAGCCAUCUUGCGAGUGGAUGCCGUCAAGAUGGAGACGCAGCGCCUAUGCUUCAGACAGUUCCGCUACCAUGAGACGAAGGGGCCCCGUGAGGCGUGUAGCCAGCUCCGCAAACUCUGCCAUGGGUGGCUGAAACCGGAGAAGCGCACCAAGGAGCAGAUCCUAGACCUGCUAGUCCUUGAGCAGUUCCUGACUGUCCUGCCCAAGGAAAUCCAGAGCUGGGUCAGGGAGCAUGAUCCGGAGACCUGUGCUCAAGCGGUGCCCCUGGCGGAGGAUUUCCUGCUGAGGCGGCAAGAGGCUGAAAGGAAAGAUAAACAGAGGUUGGAAGCCAGGUUGGUGAAUUGGCCAGAGUCAAAACCAUCUCCAGCAGGCCUUGGGGUGAAGCGAUUCUGCAGAGAGGCUAAACCUGAAGAAAGUAGAGUUCUAGCAUCGUCCAGCAGUGACUGCACAGAGAAGAGAGCGACCCGGAGUACAGAGAACGGGCUGAAGGUUCCGAGCAGAGCCCAGCCAGGACACAGGUCCUUUCAAGGCUUUGACAGUAGGAAAAGCUUCCCCCCCAGCCAAACCCUCCUGAAACGUCAGAAGAACCACAUUGCAGAGAGUCCCCAUCAGUGCCCCGAUUGUGGGAAACGCUUCACUCAGCGUUCAAGCCUGACUAUCCACCGGAGGAUCCACACAGGAGAGAAGCCUUACCCUUGUCCACAGUGUGGGAAAUGCUUCCGGCAGAGUUCAAACCUUCUCAAACAUCAGAGGAUCCACUCUGGUGAGAAGCCGCACCAGUGCCCAGAAUGUGGGAAAUGCUUUGCCCAGCGCUCCAACCUCCUAAUUCACCAGAGGACCCACACGGGGGAGAUGCCCUACAUAUGCUCUGAGUGCGGGGCGUGCUUCAGUCAGCAUCGUGGCCUAGUCACUCACCAGAGAAUCCACAUGGAAGAGAUGCCGUAUGGAUAUGGCUGCCCAGACUGCGGGAAAUGUUUCCAGCAAAACUCAGACCUCACGAAACAUCUGAGAGUCCACACGGGUGAGAAACCAUACAGCUGCCCAGAGUGUGGGAAGAGCUUCAGUUACAGCUCAAAUCUCAGCAAGCACCAGAGAAUCCACACAGGUGAGAAGCCGUAUCUCUGCAACGUGUGUGGGAAAAGCUUCAGCCACUUGUCGACGAGGAAUACACAUCAGAGGGUCCACACGGGGGAAAGGCCCUAUGGCUGUACUGAGUGUGGCAAAAGGUUCAUUUCCAGCUCCAAACUCACAAGGCAUCUGAGAACCCACACAGGGAAUACUCCUUACAUCUGCAACGAAUGUGGGAGGAGCUUCAGUUCCCAUGGUACUCUGACCACACAUCAGAGAAUUCACUCUGCUGAGAAUUACAGCAUGAAGAAUUCUUGGGCGGCUGUGGAGCGGAGGCUUGGCAGCCCUGUGGGCAUUGAGUCACCUUUGUGACUGAUGCUAUAUGAUUUUUUUAGCCUAUCCUGAUCGUAUAUGACAUUAUAGAAAAGGUGCUAGUCCCUAAAGCAUUGGAGGUCUGUGCAGUGCAGACGGGAAGUGAAUAGGGGGAGGAUAUAGGAUUAGUCUGGUGGCUUUGGAAAUAGCAGUAGGAUAGUGAGAAAGCAGGAAGGCAAGGCUUUAUAUUGCUGGUUAGUUGUAGGGCAGAGUAAAACUUAGUGAGGCAAAGAGUUCCCUCACACUCUUGCCAUAAUGAACCUUCCCUGUGCACCAGAGUAACGGUUUUGAGCCUCCCUUUAGCAAAGCAUGCCCCUCCCCUUGAAAUAGAAUGAUAGCUAAAAUGAAGCCCUCUUACCUUUUUGAGUGCCAGAUGCUGGUGACAGGAAGGGGAAAUCUAUUACAUUCAAGCUGUGCUUAAAAGCAUCCUGAAAGCCCCUGGCUAGUCUCAGUGGGCCACCGGUUACUGGGCGCAGUGAUUUAAUCUGAUUCCAUGAAGCAUUCUGCUCUUUUGAGGGACAGCCAGACUGUUUGUGGGUACAGUCCAAUAAGUGUCACUUUCCAAUCAAGGCAGGGCUACAGCGCAGCAAUAGAUCCACCUGCUUUCCGCUCACAAAGUCCCAGAUUCAGUCUGUGUCAUUUCCAGUAAAAGAACCACGUAAUCUAGCUUGAGUCUCGGUGAGAAAGGCGGACUAUAAAUGACAUAAAUAAAAUAAAUCUCAGACUGCAGGAAAAACCUCUGCCAGAAACCAGGAAUGGUUGCUAGGCAGAGGGGAGACCCACCUGAGCUAGAGGCACAAAUGGUCUUUGUGUUCUGUAUCCUCUUUGGGGCAAGUUUUGGUCAGAACUAGACCUUAAGAACUUUAAAAAAAAAAUCCUAGAGUUUCCUACACAGGGGAGAGAUUCCAGAUCAGAGGGAGGGCCCUUAAUUUAGAAGGCAGAACCUGUUUCCCCCACAUAAACAUCUCAGGUUCAGUCCCUGGCAUCUCCAUUUGAAAGGAUUUCAGUUAGCAGGUGCUGAGAAAGACCUUCUCUCUCUCAAACAUCUGGAAAGAAGCUGCCCGUCAGAUACGGACUGCACUGAGCUAGAGGUCUCAAUGAGCAGUCUCAGCAGGUUCCUAUAGCAAAGGACCUGCUUUGCAUGCAGAAAAUCCUAGGGUUUAACCCACGGCACCUUCAGUUGGAUCCAGGGGAGCAGAUUUGAUAUCAGGCAGUGUCAGCCAUGAUUCACUUGGUGACGAACGGCUCUCCUCUCGGCAGUUCUGCAUGGUGGAAAAGCAGAAUAUUCUUGUCCCAUCAGCACAACCUCAGAGGGAGUUGUGUAGAUUGUGUGCAUCAAUGGCAUAACAGCAGGAGCAAGUAGACCCACCUGCAACACAUUCAGAGGGUUUCUGUUGAAAAUGGCUGCAUGCCUUGGGGCCAAGGGACAUUCUAGGAGGGCUUCUCUCUGAGCAGCUAAGAAAAGCCGGUUUGCAUGAUCACAGGUGUCAGUUGCUGCCUUCCACAUCAGGCUUCAUCCAGGCACAUCUACAGGGGUAGAGGUGUACAAUGGGGUCUGCCAGUUCAGACUGCAGAGGUCUGAGGGAGAAAGAGGUCCUGAUCAGUCCUGUCACAGCUGUUUCUAGUUUUCUACUUGCAGGGAGAUUAAAAUAUGACACACACCCUAUCUCCCUGCAAGUAGAAAACUAGGAAUCCCACUGCAAUUCAUUUGCCAUGAAUCAUAGGUAGCUGUGUUGGCCCACUACCAAAUUCCACAACAAAAAAACCCUCAAACCUCUCCACAAUAGCCAUGUAAUGCUGUUUUUAUUGGGACUGACCAAACGGUGGAAAAGAAGCAAGCGAGCUUUCAGACUGCAGCCAAACACUUUAUCAAGAGGGAUGUCCAGUAUGGGAAAAACAAAGUUGGGAGAGGGAAUAAAGUGCUGUUUCAGGGCACGAGGGGAAAGCCUGGAGGCUGCAGCUGUAGCUUUCUUGAAACGAUGACCAGGCCCGGUUGCUGACUUCAUUGGACGAAUCUCAAGGUUCAGCAGAGGCUUUUGGGAAGGGGGAAAAUACACCUACUCUCCAUUUGAAACCUUUCCUCAUUCUGUGGCGCUCCCUGAAAAGUUUCCAUCACUGAAAAACGCCCGACAACUCUUGGCAAAAUGGUUAGAUUUCCCCUGGCCUUCGGUUACGCUGUCCUUCGUUUUUAAUGUGGCAGAAUGAUGCUGUUCGUGGAGAUGUGGCGAGCUGAGACUUGAAUGGAUUAACCAGCCCGAGCCUGAGCAAGUGAGAGAGAAACAGACCCUAAAAAACGGCUUUGCGUUCAGUCUGAGCAUUUCUGCACGGACUGAGUAGGAGUCAAACCUCAAAUCAGGCUCAACAUGCAAGGCCAAUCUGAAGGCAUCCAGGUGUUGGGAGGAAGAACUGUAGUGGGAGCCAAAUAGCCUUCUGUGGCGUGCAGAGAUCCCUCUGCAGAAAUGUUCGCCUCCCAGGGACCACAAGCUGCGGUUUCCAAGGCAACAGCAGAGGACACUGCCAGCGUAGCCGAGGCCCAGCAGCACCCCUGUGGCACAGGCCGUUCAGCAAGACGACGUGGGACAAUGCCCAAAGACCCUGUGAGAAGGGCCUGCAGAGGGCAACCAAAUGUUGGCCGGGCCAAGGAGGACCAGUCUCUGUUGCAUCCUUAAACUGACAAGCUGCCCGUGGGCAGGCGGAGAAGGGACUUGUUUGUGCAUAUUUUGUGACCUGUCGCUUUUGCUUUCUGUUUUAAAUGAUCCGAUAUCCCCAUAGCAGGUUGCAUAGCGUAGUGGUUAAGAGACCAAAGUUGUGACUAGAGGGGCUGUGUGAUUCAGAUCUCACAGCUGCUAUAAAUUCACCUGCUUCCCCCUCUCCCCUGUGCUACGAGAGAACGAUGUUGGCCUCCCCCACAGGGGUGUCGUAAGGAUCACUGAGAGGGUGUAUGAGAGGUGCUUUGAAGGUCUUAAGGUAGCCCAUAAAUCCAAAAUAUUUUCUUGCAAAAACAGUGGGAUUGAGACUAAGGCAGGCUGGAUCUUCAGUGGGUGAGGCAGGGGGAAGAUUUAACCCCCCCCACCUGAAACCUGUGAGCUUCCUUUCUGCCUGCGUGUCGUUUCUGAGGGAAACAGUGUGCUGUCCAGCAUGUGGUGGCUGUGAACCUCAAUUAAUAGUUUAGUAAACUAAUUGCUGGGGAGGGGCCAUGGCUCAGUGGGUAGAGCUCCUGCUUGCCAUGCAAAAGGUCUCCGGUUCAGUCCCCGGCAUCUCCCAUUCAAAGGAUCUCACAAGGAGCUUCUUCACCUGAGUAUCACUGCCCAGUCAGAGUAGAAAAUAAGGCUCUUAAGAGUUUGACUUAGUAAAAGUGGGUUGCAUAUAUGAAAUAAAAGGUAUAAAUCUGAUCUGAGUCGUAAAAAUAAAACACGGCACUUAGCACACACCCCUGGGGUCCCAGUAGUAUCCCAGCCCAGCCUACCCACAGCCCAUUUGUAACGAGAGGGUGGAUCCAGCCAUCCUCCAAAUAGCCUUUCUGCAGCCCAAGGGGCCGUCUGCUAACUUAAGUGGCUCUACUUCCAAUGGAAGAGCCCCUUAAUUUGGAGGAAGUCUCAGGUGGGUCGCCAUGUCGGUCUGUAGUAGAAUAGCAAGAUUCAGGCCCCAGUAGCACCUUAAAGAUCAACUAGAUUUCCACAGUAUGAGCUUUUGAAAGUCAAAACUCCCUCCUGGAUCUUGCGGUUAAUUUGGAGGAAGGCACAUUAGAUUGGAGGAGGGUUUGAGCCAAAAGGAAGGGUAGGUAUAAAUAUUUUAGUAAAUAAAUAAACUUUGCUCACAAGAGUGGUAGGAUAGGGGGUAGGAUCCAUCCACCCAUUGAUGUCUAUUUUGCUAGUUUUUAGCAUUACCUGUUGAAUGGCAGGCUUGGGAUAGGUGGAGUUGGCUGUCUGUGAGCAAGCAAGACUUGAGCAUUUCUUCUGUCAUUAAACUCAUUUUCAGUCCUUCGGUUCUGGGUUCUAGUGAAAACUGUUUCAUGAAGAGCUGGUCUGUGUAUACUUUGUGUCUUAAAAAUAAAAUAAAAUCUGU